GCAGGAUAUUGAAGUUUAGGUAUGAAAAUCGUUUCGCAAAUAGUUGAGAUUGAUUUUGACCAUUUUUCAAAGUUCAAACCCGUGUUAUCACUUUCUAGAAGCUUUUGUGGUUCCUAGAAUGAGGAACUUAUAACGUUUUGUUAUAUUUUGAUACUGUAAAUGGCUAUGGACUUCAAACUUAUAGCAGCAGGGUUGCGUCAUUGUGGGAAAAUACAAGCUUUAAAGCGUGGGGAAUCGAUUCAGGCUCAUAUAAUCAAACAAGGGAUCUCUCAAAAUGUGUUCCUUGCUAAUAACGUGAUCUCAAUGUACGUGGAUUUCAGGCAUUUGGGUGAUGCACAUAAAGUGUUCGAUGAAAUGACUGAGAGAAAUAUUGUCACCUGGACGACGUUGGUUUCUGGGUAUACUUGUGAUGGAAAACCCAAUAAGGCUAUUGAAUUGUACAGAAGCAUGUUGGAAUCCCAAGAAGAAGAAGAAGGGCCUAACGAGUUUAUGUAUUCUGCGGUUUUGAAAGCGUGUGGGUUAGUGGGUGAUCUUCAGUUGGGUCGUUUGAUUCAUGAAAGAAUUGCUAAAGAGAAUCUGAGUAGUGAUGUUGUUUUGAUGAAUGCUGUUGUAGAUAUGUAUGUUAAGAAUGGGAGGCUUAGUGAAGCUAAUAACAGUUUUAGGGAGAUUUCACGGACUAAUUCAACUUCUUGGAACACUCUUAUUUCUGGUUAUUGUAAAGCAGGUUUGAUUGACGAAGCGGUUAGUUUGUUUCACCGAAUUCCCCAGCCAAAUGUUGUGUCUUGGAACUGUAUGAUCUCAGGAUUUGUCGAUAAGAGUAGUCCUCGUGCGUUGGAGUUUCUAGUUAGGAUGCAGAGAGAAGGACUUGUGUUAGAUGGUUUUGCUUUACCGUGUGGCCUUAAAGCUUGCAGUUUUGGAGGCUUAUUAACAAUGGGUAAACAGUUGCACUGCUGUGUUGUAAAGUCAGGUCUGGAGUCUAGCCCGUUCGCACGCUCUGCUCUUAUUGAUAUGUACGCGAACUGUGGCUCUCUAAUUGAUGCAGCUGAUGUUUUCCAUCAGGGAAAACAUGCCCUGUGUAAUAGUGUUGCUGUUUGGAAUUCUAUGCUCUCAGGGUUUUUCAUCAACGAGGAGAAUGAAGCAGCAUUAGCUCUGCUUUUGCGGAUGCAUCAGUCAGAUUUGUGUUUUGAUUCCUACACUCUAAGUGGUGCUUUAAAGAUAUGCAUCAACUUAGUCAACUUGAGACUUGGGCGUCAGGUACAUGGUUUAGUUGUAACCAGUGGUUAUGAGUUGGAUUGCAUCGUAGGAAGCUUUCUUGUUGAUUUACAUGCAAACUUCGGGGAUAUACAAGAUGCGCAUAAACUGUUUCAUAGACUUCCAAAUAAAAAUAUCAUCGCUUUCUCUGGCCUGAUACGAGGCUGUGUGAAAGCAGGUUUCAAUUCUGUAGCUUUUUAUCUGUUCAGGCAAUUAAUCAAGUUAGGACUCGAUGCUGAUCAAUUCAUCGUCUCAAGUAUUCUCAAAGUCUGCUCGAGUUUAGCGACUCUUGGAUGGGGCAAACAAAUUCACGGGUUGUGUGUAAAGAAAGGUUAUGAAUCAGAGCAUGUCACAGCGACAGGACUAGUACAUAUGUAUGUAAAAUGUGGUGAGAUAGACAAUGGUGUAGUGUUAUUUGAUGGUAUGUUGGAACGAGAUGUUGUCUCUUGGACAGGGAUAAUUGUUGGAUUCGGACAAAACGGACGAGUAAAAGAAGCGAUUCAGUAUUUCCACAAGAUGAUCAGUUCGGGAGUUGUACCAAAUGAGGUAACUUUUCUGGGGCUUCUUUCUGCUUGCCGACAUUCUGGGCUACUUGAAGAAGCAAGACUAUUCCUAGAAUUGAUGAAAUCUGAAUAUGGGCUUAUACCGUAUCAAGAGCAUUAUUAUUGUGUAGUUGAUCUUCUUGGUCAAGCUGGGCGAUUCCAAGAGGCAGAAGAAUUGAUAAACCAAAUGUCGUUGGAGCCAGAUAAAACAAUAUGGAUGUCUCUGCUCACUGCCUGCGGAACUCACAAGAAUGCCAGACUGGUUACCGUAAUUGCUGAGAAAUUGCUCACGGCGUUUCCGGAAGAUCCAUCUGUUUAUACAUGUCUUUCAAAUGUUUAUGCUACGUUGGGCAUGUGGGAUCAGUUAAGUGAAGUGAGAGAAGCUGCUAAGAAGUUGGGGGCUAAAGAAUCUGGAAUGAGCUGGAUCGAGAUUGCCUGAAGCAAAAUGUAAAUUGUAGGGUCAUCUACGCACUCAAAUGAAAAGCUUCUUUAACCUCAUCUCUCCCUGGCUUGCUAGAAGUUGAAGAUUCUUGAAGGCAUGUUUUCCCCUUGUUUUUUUUUAAAAAAUUUGGCUAGGGAAUACUUUAAUGCUAGUUAAACAAAUUAUUGUAAUUAUAUUACAAACCUUCUCAUUUUAUUGAAAAAUAUGGACGUUAAAGAUUCUCUAACAUCGUGUAUCAUCUGUUAAAAGGACAUCAGACAAUUCAUUUCAAUGCAGAUGUGGCUUUUCCUUGAUUGGAAGCGCAUAUGAAAGAGCUUUUGUAAUUUUAUCAUCUAAUCAACAUUUACUAAAAGAGCAUAUAAGGGAGCAUUUACAAGCUGCAAAUGCUCUUAUAUGUUCUCUUCCUCAAUGCUGAGUUUAAGUGUAUAAUAAGUAAGUUAUGGUUAUAACUUGUAAGCAUAAUAAUGGUACAUAUAUCUGAACAAAGUUCUUACUCAGAUGCCAUCUACAGUACUACUCUUGUCAUCUCACAAAACUAAUAUUCUCUGUCUUCUCUGUUUUGAAGGAAACAACCUUUUUCACGUCCACUAGAAAUGGUGAUUAACAUGUUCCACGUAUGGGCUUUGAACGUGACCGCCUUGGAUAUAUGAUGCAUCCUGAAAUAUGGUGACAAUCGCCAUAUAUUGUUCGUGCUCCGAUCCGAUUAGUUGUUCUACUAACUGAUGAGUGUGUUCUGAAACCUUCAUUCAGAUGUAGUAAAGUCCCCAGAAAAGUAACUGUAUUCCUUUUGGUUAUUCAAUAUAUAGCCAUAUAUGAUUUUGCAGCACAUUCUUCCACUUACAAGGACUGGACAAAUUUUGGGUAUGAGGCGAACUAUUUCAUGAUAUACAAAGAACAAAAAAAAAAAAAAAAA